AUGGCGGAGCCGGGGCCGGAUUGCAGCUCUCUGCUCGACGAGGAUCUCUCCUCCUUCGUCUUCAGUUACCUAGCGGACAGCCAGUAUGAGGUGUCUGGAGAGGAGCACCUCUACUCGGACUUCCCCGAGAUCGAUCUGUCCCAGCUGGACGCCGGCGACCUGGACUCUGCUGGCUGCUUCAAUGAGCUGCACUGGGGAGGGGAGCACUCAGAGACCGACUCCAGCCAGUACAGCACCGACGACUCCGAGCUCUUCCAGAUAAUAGACAGCGAGAACGAAGCGCUGCUGGCAGCCCUGACCGAGACUUUGGAUGAUAUUCAGGGAGAUGACAUGGGCCUGGCUGCCUUCCGAACUAUGGAAGAGGGGGACACGCUCAGCCCUGCCACCACCUCACCUGCCCCCUCCCCCAAACCCACCGCCCCGGUCACGGGGGGCCCCCCGGCCCCCGAGGGUGAUGAGCUGUCUCUACUGAAGAAGCUGCUCCUGUCUCCAUCCCUUCCGAGCUGCGAGGCCCAGCGGGACGGGAGCGCCCGGCGCCCAGGGACCCCAAAGUCCCGGCCCCCACGGCCCUGCACUAAGGUGGAGGGUCCCCGGGACAGGAGGGCGAGCGUCCCGCAGGCUCAGAGCCGCAGCUGCACGGAGCUGCACCGGCACCUCACCUCCAGCACCUCCUGCUCCCAGACCAAAGCCCCCCAGGCACCUGAGGAGUGCCCCGGCAGCGGCCACCACCCGUCCCCAGGUGACUGCGCCCACCACGAGGACGACAGCGACUCCAGCGAGGACUCGCUGAGCUCCGGCGACUCGGCGGCCGCGCUGUCCUCGGCGGAGGACGGCCCGGGCAGCCAGUUCUCCUGCGAGGGGGAGCUGCACUCGGUGCUGGAGCUGAUCCGCUACAUGCACACCUACUGCCUGCCCCCUCGCAAGCUGCCCGCCCGCGACCCCGCCGAGGGCCGGCCCCAGCCCUGCAAUAGCCCCUACAAGAGAGCCAAACCGGACUGUGCCCCCGGGCAGAGCCGGCCGGGCUGCGCCUGGCAGGCAGCUGGCAGCUGCAAGAAACCCGCAGCGUCCUUCUCCAUCCUGAAGGAGCUGCUGGCGCGGGACCUGCUGUGCGAUGUGAGCAAGCCAUACCGCCUGGGCAAGCCCGUGUACGCUGCCCUGGCACGGCCGCCCGGCUCCUGCUCCCCCGUGCCGCCCGACGGGGACGAUGCCAGCGGGACUUGCACGUCCAGAGCCAGAGCAGAGAGGGGCGAGCCCCGGCAGGGCCCUGAGGCAGAGGCGCCGCGGGAGCUGGGGGCCCUUGAGGACGAUGCCGGGAGGCAGGAGGGGAAGGCGCCCCUCAAGCAGGACAGCGCUGUUUACACCGUGCGCCGCUCCAAGAGACUCAACCCCGAGCUCGGGCACUGGCUCUCCUUCCUUGAGGAGCCCCACGCCGAGCCCUCCGUGCCCCUGGGCUGCAGGGAGGCCGCGCCCUGCCCGGUGCUGGAGGGCUUCUCUGCCGAGGAGCCGGCGGCCGAAGUGGAGGUGGGGGGCACGGCCCCGUCGGCAGAGCCCCAGCCCCUCUGCCUGGGCUCCCUGGGGGAUGGAGAGGUGGCCACGGAGAGCCGGCGCUGUGCCAUCCUGGAGCAGACAGAAACACCCAGGUGUCUCACGCUGUCCUUGGCACAAACUGACCCAACCUUUGGGAAGAGAAACUUUGAGCCAAUGCUGACCGUGGAGCUGUGUGGGACAGCAGGUCUCACACCGCCCACCACUCCGCCAUACAAACCCGCCGAGGAGGACCUGUACAAGCCAGACAUCCCCCAGGAGGCAGGGAAGGAGGAGGGGAUGGCCCCCAGCCCCGGGGACGUGGCAGCCUCGCGGAAAGCCCCCAGGAAGCACCCGGAGAGGACGGAGCUGUUCGCCCACCUGAGCCGGGCGCGCCCGCUCCCCGAGCAGCAGGGCUUGCUCAAGCGGCCCUUCUCCCGCUCCUUCGGGGACCACGACUACUGCCAGGUGCUGAAACCCGAGCCUGCCCUGCAGAGGAAGGUGCUCAAGUCGUGGGAGCCCCCGAGCCAGGUGGAGACGGAGCACAAGAGGAGGGUCCCGGCCGCCCACUACCAGGGGCUGGAGCUCGGCAAGGACACGGGCACCGAGAUGCUCUGGAAGGACGGCGUCAAGCAGCUGAGAGACCAGGAGAUCAGAGCCAGCUUAACAAAGCACUUUGGCUUUCUGGACAGUGCCCUCGACGACGAGGACAUGGUCUUCUGCAAGACCCCCGAGUACGACACCGUCUUCGAGGACAGCUGCAGUGAGAGCGGCUCCCCCGUGGAGGAGGAUGAGGAGGAAGAGGAGGAGGAAGAGGAGGAGCACGGCAACUCCAAGCUGUGCCUGAGGAGAAGUGCCCUUUCCAGGAGCAGUUUGCAUUACUGCUCCCGGAGCAGGUCCAGCUCGGGCUCCUCGUGCUGCCGGUCACGGUCACCUGCCAGCAGACGCACCUUCAGGUGUGAGAACAGCGAGCAGUGUCAGGGCAGCAGCGGGCAGCGGGGCCAGCUGAAGAAGAGACGGGAAAAGGCCAUCGGGGAAGGCCGGGUGGUGUACAUCAGAAACCUCUCCAGCAGCAUGAGCUCCAGCGAGCUGAAGAAACGCUUCGAGGUGUUUGGUGAAAUCGUGGAGUGUCAGGUCCUGACCAGGACUAACAGGGGGGAGAAGUACGGCUUCAUCACGUACCGGUACUCCGAGCACGCCGCCUUAUCGCUGAAGAACGGCCCCUCGCUGAGGAAGAGGAACGAGCCCUCCUUCCAGCUCAGCUCUGGUGGCUUGGGGCGCUUCUUCUGGACCAGAUACUCUGACCUGGAUUGCGGCACGGACGAGUCCUCCCCAGCUCCGGUGAAAAGCAAGUACGAGACCAUGGAUUUCGACAGCUUGCUGCAGGAGGCCCAGCUCAGCCUGCAUCGGUAACAGCCUUAACCUUGGAGGAAUACCUCAAUACCUCAGUCAAGGCACUUCCAAUAUGUUUACGUUUUCAAAGAAAUUAUUCAGUCUAUGGCAAGCGAGAGAGCGAGAGAGAGCGAGAGCACGCCCGCGAGAGAGAGACUGCUGUCCCCUGAUCGAUGUUUACAUUGAACAAAGCUGCUUCUGUCUGUGAGUCCCCAUGGUGUUGAUGUCUCACUGCCACACGUUAGUCCCCCCUCUGCUUCUGACUGGUUGUUUUAGGGUGAGCCUAGGAGCCCCCCAGCCCCUCUUCCCCCUCCCAGCCCUACCCAUGCUCCCGCCGUGGAGUUGCAGCUGUGUUCACCAUAACAUUUUUUUGUCCGUAGUGUGUGAUGAUGAAAUUGUUCAUUGUGAAUAGAAUCAGGAUUAUAAACUAAUUUUUAAUAGAAGAAGAGAAGAAAAAAAAAAGUAUAUACUUAAAAAAAUGUAUUUAUGGCUCAGAUGUACUGUAAUUCAGAUUUAUUGUACCGCUUCCUUGAUUUUUAACUAUGCACUGUA